CUGCUAAUCGCAGGAACGUACAAGCAAUCGUUUAAUUCCAACAUUAGACCACUAGGCAAGACUAAACUAUAAGUUCCGAUUGCCAAAGCUGCAACAGGUGCACCAUUGCCGACUCGGAGUUCAAUCUCGCCUCGAGCUAACCGUCUACUCUGCUUCAGUCCCUGCAUGGUAGUACAGACAUCCAGCCAAUCCUAUCAAGCCCAAACAUGCCGGAAACAGACGCUGGAAACAUCUCCACUGGUGCAGCGAUCGGCACCACCGUGCCACCAUUUUUUCCGGCGUCAACAGGCCAUGAGGACACCUCCCACCUAUUCCAGGCUCCUCUCCUCUCUCAGGCGACUUCAUUGAGCCCAUUUUUAGCUCCUAUAAGCACUGGAUCAGAGAGCACCAGCCCUGCGACCAUGGCGGGUCUCCAUGUCGGGUUUCCUCCUCUCUCUCAUCUAUCGCACAAUUUCGCCGUCGUGCAGCACUCCUCGGUGAUUCCUCAGGUCCCAGCGAGCACAACGAGCUCCUCCCCACCAAUUUUGAUGCAUGGUGACCAUGUACCCAUCUCCGGCGAUUCUAUGGCAGCCCUAUUGGCUUCUCAGUUACCUUCAUCGUUUGCUCCAUUGCUCAAUAUGCAAGGGGCUGUUACACUUGCAUUAAUGGAGCAGGAUGGGACUGCAUAUGGGGAGGUUCCAACUGAUGAAGUGUUUCGCCCUAUUACCCAACCCCAUUUAUUCCAACCUCUCAAUCUUGAGCUUCCCAAAGACAAAGAGGCACGGCUUGCACAUGGGGCUGCCACUCAAGGUUCUAACGCAGCUGCUACCUUGGUCUCCACUGCUAUGACAAAUGUUUUAGGCCCUGGACCACAUCAGCUGCAGUUUACUACGGCCCAUGCACGACAAAGUGGAGAAAAAGGGGUGUCCUUUGCCCCUACUUUGGACCAGCCAAAAGAAAAGCGCGUCAUGGUUCCUCAAAAACCAGUGGCAGUUCCCUCGGUGAACUCUACGGCGAUGGCUACUAAGGCAGUGGCAGUGGCUUCUGCCCACAAUGGUACGGCAGUAGCUACGGCUUCUCAAGGUGCAUGGCCAGGAGGGCCACCCAACACACCCAAGCUAUCUUUUGCACAGGCCGUAGCAGGUCCCUCCACCCCAGGUAUCUACUUACGGGCUAAUGUCUCCCGCCCUUGUGCUAUUUUAUCCAAUGUCGUUGUUGAGGAGAAAGUCCCCACUUUUCAUAGAGGUACGCCUGCUGUUGUUUUUAAGAAGUCGGAAAUGCAACAACUUUCUCAACUGGAUAAUUUUCUUUUGAUUGGUAAAUUUUCUCAUGGACGUCCAGAUAUUGCUACGUUGAGGAAGUUGUUUGCUGCACAGUUUAUUCUUAGGGAGUCUGUUCAGAUUAGUCAUCGUGACCCACGCCAUGUUAUGUUGUUAUUCACCCAUCCCCAAGAUUGUAAUGAUAUAUUUAUGCAAGGGCAGAUUCAGUUUAACGGACAAUUUCCUAUGAGAUUGUUUAGGUGGUCUCCGGAAUUCAACGUUAAAACUGAAUCUUCCGUUGCACCGGUGUGGGUUACUUUUCCAAACUUGAGGGCGGAUUUAUUUAAUGAGAGUGCCAUCCACCAGCUUUGCAAGCCCAUUGGGAGGUGUUUGAAAGUGGACGUAGCUACGUCCAAUUUCUCACGUCCCAAUGUGGCUAAGGCUAGGGUGGAGAUUGAUUUGUUGAAUCCUAGGGUUGAACAGAUAUGGAUUGGUUUCUCUGAUGCACCUGGCGAGGAGGGUGUGGGCAUGUUCCAGCCUGUGGAAUAUGAACGCAUUCCAAAGUACUGCACGGCUUGUUUUAAACAAGGCCACGACAAUUCUUCGUGCAAUACUUUGACUCCUAGUCAGCCUGAACAGCGGACUGUUGUUGUUGUUCCCCAACCUUCCACGACUGCACCCACGACUACCCAACCUUCUCGACGGAGGCGGAGUAGGAGCCGGGUCAGGCGUCAAAGGGAGGGGAAAGGUAUUGCUAUUGAUGAUGCAGAGCUGGUUCUUGCUAUGUCUAAUACGUUUGAUGCUUUGGGGGAUAUGCCUGGGGACAGUCAUGAGGUCUGCGGUUUAAAUAAUGUUACAUCUUCCAUUCCUUCCAAUUCGCGCGUGGCCUUUCCCCUGCAAGGGAGGCUCCGACUACUAAGGGAAAGACGGCCAAGAACGCCCGAAAAGCAACAGAGCAUAAGACGGGGAUUCCUGCUCCACGCAGAGUCACCCGUUCCACUUCUUCGCGUUCCCAAUGAUGAUGCAGUUCCUUGUUUUGAACGACACUGUUGGGUUUCACGGGAGCUAGGUGUGGUGCUGAUGACCAAAUCUGAUGACCAAAGGCUGCGCCCCGACAUUCAGCCAUAUGUAUCCACCCUAACCACUACAGACUUCUCUAAGGCUUACGAUCUAAUGGCUAAGGCAGAAAAGGAUGUUGACGACUAUAAGGCUAGUCUGAAGGCCGAAGAGGCAGGACCAAGUACACGCCCCACUGCGAAUACGACACCGAGUGCAAAAAGGCUAAUAGGAGAGACGAGUGAGAUAUCUCAAGCGAAGAAAGGCAAGUCAGUGCAUACUCAGCUAGUGCCGACUCAUUCGGUUGCCUCAAGCAGCAAAACCCAACUUACGAAGAUUCCCCCGUGCCCUACAUGUGGGAGAUCGCAUCGUGGUGAGUGCUGGCUCACCCAAGGACUAUGCUUAGGCUGCGGAGAGGAUGGACACUUUCGUAAGAACUAUCCUACGAACCCAGGAGAGCCAUUUCCACCAGCGUCGGUGCGUAACCAAACCACUACACAGCAACCGGCACAGAGCCAACGUACGACCGCAGGGUCAAACCAGCCAAGGAAUCAGAAUCAGCAAGUGGGGAGGGCUCCAGCCCGCACAUACGCUAUGAUAGGACGCGCAGACCCCCAGAAUAACGACGCUUACGAUGGAAAGUUUGAUCUAUAUAGAAUGAGCGAAGCUUCAAACAACCAAAACGAGACCCAGAACAUGGAACAAAACGUGGAGGCUCAACAGGAUCCGAUUAUGCCUGCGUUCCUGACGCAAUUUCUGCAGCAAAUGGCGAACGCGCCAAUGUUCCAGCCACCACCUCCACUGCCUCCCAGGCAAAUCACGUUGAAAACGCUGAGGGACAAUGGUGCUGAAGAGUUCCAUGGGGAUAGGUUCUCUGAUCCCCAGAUCGCACUCGAUUGGAUUGAACAGACAGAAAGAGUGUUGAAGAAUCUGAGUGUUCCAGACGCGAGAUGUCCCGAGCUUGCUUUCCAGCUCCUUCGUAAGGGAGCGUACGAGUGGUGGAAGCGCGCAGAUGAGAAAGCGCCUAAGCCUUGGACAUGGGAGCAUUUUGAUUGGGCAUUCAAGAAGGAGUACAUACCAGCUCGCUUCAGAGAGGAGAAACGCACGGAGUUCAUGGAGCUGAAGCAAGGAGACAUGACUCUCCCCGAGCUUCGACAAAAGUUCGAUCACCUAGCUCAGUUUGCGACUACGCUGGUAUCCACACCGGCAGAUCGUAUUGAAGAAUUUCGUAAGAGGCUGCGCCCCGACAUUCGGCCAUAUGUAUCCACCCUAACCACUACAGACUUCUCUAAGGCUUACGAUCUAAUGGCUAAGGCGAAAAAGGAUGUUGACGACUAUAAGCCUAGUCUGAAGGCUGAAGAGGCAGGACCAAGUACACGCCCCACUGCGAAUACGACACCGAGUGCAAAAAGGCCAAUAGGAGAGACGAGUGAGAUAUCUCUGUUAGAAUAAGUGACCAACGCUAGAGGGGGGGUGAAUAGCGUUUGAUCGUAGAAAUCGCAGGAAUAAAAAAUUAAGAACGUGAAAAAUAAAGAGCGUAGAAAGCGUAAAGGGAGCACACCAAGAUUUAUACUGGUUCACCACAACGUGUGGCUAAUCCAGUCUCCCGAGAGACUCUCUCGAGCUACACUACUUCCGUUAAGCUUACGGGUGCUUAACAAACCGUUACAACCUGAGAACUCGAGUCCCACGAGCCUCAACAACACUUGCUCGGAGAUACCGCACUCCAAGACUUCAACCCG